AUGGAUAGCAUUAAUAUGACAGAAAAAGAAAAAAUGACUAAAGGGUUAAUGUAUGACUCAUUUGAUGAAGAAUUAUGUAAAGAUAGAACAGAAGCCAGAGAACUUAUUCAUAGAUUUAAUAAUAGUAUGGAUAAAUUGGAAAGAAAAGAUAUCACCAAACAAUUAUUUGGAUCAACUGGCGAAAAGAUUUAUAUUGAGCCAACAUUAAGAGUGGAUUAUGGUUACAAUAUUCAUGUUGGUGAGAAUUUCUUUGCAAACUUUGGUACGAUAUUUUUAGAUACUUGUCCAAUCACAAUUGGAAAGAAUGCAAUGUUAGCUCCAAACGUUCAAUUUUAUUCCGCAACUCACCCAAUUGAUCCAACUGAACGUAACUCUGGUUUAGAAUUAGGUAGGCCUAUUACAAUUGGAGAUAAUGUUUGGAUUGGUGGGGGUGUAAUAAUUUUGCCAGGUGUUGAAUUAGGAGAUAAUGUUGUUGUUGGUGCUGGUGCUGUGGUGACUAAAUCAUUUGGAAGUAAUGUUGUUAUUGCUGGAAAUCCUGCCAAAAUUAUUAAACAAAUACCUGUUAAAUCUGAAUAA